UUAGUAUUAUACUUGUCUAUAUUUUCAUAUAGAUAAGCAUGAAGUUAAAGAGAAAUACUUUUUGGAAAUCAAAUAUUUCCAUCAUGUUUCUCGGGUCAUCAUUUUUUAAUUUUUAUUUAUUUACUCAGGUUAAAACUAUUAACUAUAUAUACAUAAAUUGCCAUGGAUCACUUCGCUAUUCCUUCUAAGAUUUAAUCAUGAAAAGUCACAAUUCAAAGAAGAAAGACAACGGAAUGAAGGGGGCCUGUCAAUCUCCACUGCAGGUUCCUCAACAAGCUACUGUACGCAACAGGAAUUCUAUCAGAGUGGGAACGUGGAAUGUAAGAGCCCUGUAUCAAAGUGGGAAGUUGAAAAACGUGAAAGAAGAGAUGAUGAGACUUAACAUCAAUAUUUUAGGUAAUGGCCAAAUAAUGGGGACUUCAUGAUAGAUGGCUAUAGAAUGAUUUAUGCAGGUGAGGCAGGGCCGCCGGACGCAGGUUUCAACAGGGGGGCACAAAUAUCUUUUUUUCGAAACAUUAGUAAGUGCCAGAAAUGGUACAGAUUUCAUGGUAAUUAAGAAAUUUAGAAAUUUAGAAAUUUCAUUGAAAAAAUACACGCAAUCUAUUUAUCGAAAGGGGCACUUGUUUAUACUUUUUGCAAACAGGGGGGCCUGUGCCCCCGUGGCCCCCUGGCCCCGGCGGCCCUGUGAGGACAAUCAUUAAAAAGGUGUAGGACUUUUAAUGGUAGCAAUAUUUCAAAAUGAUUGAUGGGAUACUGGGCCGUUAGUGAGUGAGUUCUCCUUGUCAAGUUGCAUGGUCAGACUUUUAAUAUAUCAAUAAUAGUGGCAUACGCGCCUACUACAGAAAGUUCAGAAGAUGAGAUUGAUAACUUAUACGAAUGAGAAAACAAAGGCCCAAUGUAAAUCAGAUGAAAUCAAUAUUGUCAUGGGCGAUCUGAAUGCAAAAAUUGGUAGUGGAAAAGAUGGUAAAACAGUAGGGCAGUAUGGAAUUGGGGCAAGAAAUGAGCAUGGAGACAGAUGGGUACAAUGGUGUGAGAUGAAUGGCAUGGGAAUUACCUUUCGUUUUCGUGUUUACUUUGCAAAGCAAAAAUAUCGUAGAGACUUUGAAUCCGCCAAUGCUUCUCUGCAAACUGAUGCUACGUGGUACUUGUUCGUGUGGAAAGACAGAUCCUGUAUAGAAAAAAAACGUCCGAAAAAAGAAUCUGAGAAGUCAAAUCAAGAUGGAGAGUUUGAGAUUGACUUUGCUGCUGGUGACAUGGCUGUAUAUUUCCCAUCUUGGCACAUUGGGAUAUCAGUGCCCAAAACGUUGCAAGUGUUCUCAAAUUACUGUCCAGUGUAUUGGUGCUGGCCUAAAGACACUACCAUCAGAGAUUCCAUCAUCCAUUCGCUAUCUUGAUCUUUCUAAAAACCCAUCAAUAAAGUUCCAAAACAAUUCCUUUGCUCGAUUUACACAGCUAAAAACGCUAAUCUUACGAGAUUGCUCUUUAAAGAAUCCGUUCAUUCUUCCAAAGAGCCUCCGAAAAAUUGACAUGUCGGGUAACCAGUUAUCUGUUCAAGCAGUGGAGGAAUUCUUCAGAGACGAGCGAGCACCUAACCUCAUUGCCAUAUUUUUAAACUACAAUAAAAUUAUCCUAGAUGGAAAGUUUUCGAUCUUUCCCAGAUCCGUCAUCAACUUAAACCUUCAAAGUAAUAUUCUCCAGAAAAUUGAAAGGAAUGAUUUGAAUACAUUGAAGAAUCUCCGGUUUCUUAUUCUGAUACAGAUGGGUUUGCUAAGCAUUGCCAAGGGGUCAUUUGAUCAGCUUAAGGAUCUUAAGAGACUUGAUUUGACUGGAAACAAAUUAUCUUUUUUGCCAAAUAAACUAUUUCAACGCAACAGAAAACUAAACAGCAUCAUUAUAAAAGAAAACUGUUUAAAGGCAGUGCCAGAUCUUAAUGGCAUUACAAGCCUGACUGAUCUUGACUUGAAAAGCAACUCACUUAGAGUGGCAAUGAAUUUAAAUAUAAGUUUCAUUGCCUAUCUAGAUUUGUCAUUCAACAAUAUCACGUCGUACAACUUGUCAGGAAUGGGAGUCUUCUAUCUAGAUCUAUCACACAACCAAAUCGAAAACAUUGAAAAUACUGCUUUUCCUAAGUUGCUAAAGAAAGUAUCUGGCAUUUAUUUGCAAAGUAAUAACAUUAAGAGUAUUGCGGUUGAUGCGUUUGAAGGUUUUGAAUCCAUUGGAGAGCUGUUUCUUCAUCGAAAUCGACUCAAGAGCCUGCCAAAAGGCAUUUUCAGAUGUUUAUCCAUGAAUAAACUGUUCCUGUUUGCCAACGAACUGAGCACCGUCGAUGGCAUCUUUCAGGAUGUGAAAAGACCCCCUUACCAACUCUUAUUGUUUGGAAACAAGUUGAAGUCUAUUAGAAGCUCAGACUUUCAGAAGAUGCCGAACGGUUCGCAGAUUUACAUAUCAUGUAACAAUCUCGACGAAGUUCCAAACCAUUUUGAUAUAAAGCCUAAAGUGAUUUGCAGCCCAACUAGAAAACUGGUAAUAAAAGCAUCACAAGGAUUUUUGAAAAAUGAUGGCUUUCAAUGUUUCAAAAGUAAAAUAGAGAAAUACAGUUUUGACUGCAAGCCAUGUCCAGUUGGCUACUACUGCAAUGAUGGCUGUAUUGCUUGCCCUGCUGGGGCUUUCUAUCAGGACGAAAUGGCAGCCAUUGCAUGCAAGCCCUGUCCACUAGGCCAGUUUGUGUCACUAGAUAAAGCACCAGGCAAAAGUCCAUUGCAAUGUCUCACAUGCCCUUUUGGGACAAAUACAAACAGCUCUGCAGCUUAUCGCGCGUGUAAAUGUUUGCCUGGUUUUGCAAGAAGUCGUCGUUUUCAAGGAUGCACAAAAUGUACCCAAGAAGGGUUUUCCUGUCAAACAGAUUACAAGGAAUUGACUAAAGGCUAUUGGAUGUCGUGGCAAACAAUGCGAUCUGAAUCAAAUACAUCUUGCAAGAUUUUGUACAAGGCGUUUAUGCAGAAUCUGGAUACAAAGAACGAUACAUAUGACCGAGCUACAAUCAAGUACGAUUGUCACAUGCCCACUGCACACAAAUGCCCGCUUCAAGGCUCCUGCCUUGGUGGCAUAGAGGCUGAUUGUAAGCGAGGCUACACUGGAAUAUUGUGUGCAGUUUGUCAGGGGGGAUACAUGAAAAACUUUGAUAAAUGCACUAAAUGUCCCUCUUCAGUCAUUGCAGCGGUGCAGUGUGUUGCAUUCUUUUUGGCGUUUGUUUUUAUUUGCUGGUUAAUGUCCAAAGUUGAUAAAGUGAAACUCGCAGGAAACGAUAGCAAAACAUUUGCUGAUUUAAUUCUGUCAACAUUGAAAAUCCUCAUUGGUUUUUAUCAAGUGCUAGUUGGCAUCAUACACGCUCUUCCAAACAUUCAUUGGCCUGGAAAUCUUACAAAAGCUGUCAGAGUUUUUGAAUUUAUUCAGUUCUCGAUCUUCCAUAUACCUGCUUUGCAUUGCAUAAAGCGAGAAUGGCGCAUGGACGCCAUCAAGGAAUUCUGGUUUGCCAUCAUUGCCAACGCGACUGUUCCCUUCAUAAUUUUUAUUUACACAGCAAUCAAAUCACUUUGCUCUUACUGUUGUGUUAGGGAUACAGUGGAGUUCAGAAAGAAGCUUAGGGAGAACGUUCAGCAAUGCCUUGAGGCCAUAUUUCUGUUCCUUUUCGCGACCUACCCCUUGACAUCAAGCAAGAUAUUCCAAAUCCAACCCGCCAGCUGCCAUGCAUUCUGUACAUCGGAAAAGGACGGGCAGUGCUUGCACAGAGUCUCGUACCUGCGAUCGGAUUACCGUGUUAGCUGUACAUCAGGCACGAGUGAUGACGUCAUUGUAACCAAUGCUGCAUACGCGGCCUUAAUUUUGCCCCUUGGCUUUCCUUUGCUGCUGUUUCUUCUUCUCUGGCGGUUAGCUCCCAAAAAGAACCACACUGAUGAUGCACAGCGGCAGCAGCCCGCCGGGUCAAUUAACGAUGAUGGCGAGGAGGCAGCUGCGGAGGAGUCUGUUGUAGCCGUGGCGCUUAGACUCUUCUACGGCAACUACAAGCCGGAGAGCUGGUACUGGGAGGUGACUGAAAUGGUUCGAAAACUGAUCAUCAGCAUUGCAAGUGCUUUGGUCCUGCACAACAUAAAGAUAGGGUUGUUUGGGCUGAUAAUCUUAAGCAUUUUGUUCGCUGUUGCUCAUGCUCGGAUGUGGCCGAUGAAAGACAAGUUUGACAACUUGAUGCAGUUACUGGCUCUAGUGAUUGUAGCGGUGAAUCUGUGCUAUGGUGUAACACAAAACAGUGCGAUUGGUGAUGACGAAAUUCUCGAGCAAAGCAAAGACAAGUGGGGACUUGGCGUUAUGCUAGUCUCCCUCAACUCCCUGCUGUUUGUGCUGUUGUUUGGUCGAUUGUUUUGGGAGAUUUUAAAAAAAAUCUGCAAUUCUAGACUUUGUGAAACCUCAUGCUCACAAUUUGGUGCAUAUUCCCGUAAUGGUGACCUUUCUGAAAACCUUUUAGAGGGUAACGGAAGUGAUAUCAUUCUUUAGUUUUUUUAUCAGAUUCACCUCGUUAUCUUCUACCUCUGAGGUUUAUAUCAAAAACAUAGUCCCUAGUACUUUACAAUAGAGAACUUUGAAGGUUUUGUGCAACCGGCAUGCUUUGCGACUAUUUUCUAACUCGAACUCACUAAUUACGCAAGAGCCGUAACCGUAACUAUGACUACUUCACAACACGUGUAGUUGGCAGCCGUUGUUGAUAAGUUCAUGUGUUUUUAAUCUCUGAUUUAUAUCGAUGUGGAUAUUUUUCAAGGUAGAAGAUAUUUUAGUGGCUUUAUACCAAAUUUGGACAUUGUUUUGAUACAGAACUAUAUUCAUUGGCUAAUCUCAUGUAGUAAUUUGUAUUAAGAUUUGCACCAUUAUUUCAGUAUAUUUGUCUAGCAGUGAUUUUAAACCGAUUAGAAAAGUUUGAAUUCCCUCAUGUUUCUAUUUGAACAAGGCCAAGAGUCCAAACAUUUUCCAAACCACUCUUUCAAUAGACAUUAUUUGUUACAAGUUCAUUAAUCCAUAUAACUAAGGUAUAAAUAUAAGUGCAUGAAAAGGGAAUAUAUAAUAUCAGAGUAUAAAGGGGAGUAUGGAACUUGAAUGUUUGCUAAUUAAGUAUGCAUACUCAGAUUAAAUACAAGAGACAUAGAACUUUGUAAAAGCAUUGAAAGCCAAAGUUUAGUAUGCUUUUAUUCCGACACUCAUCAGAGUAUAAACGUCACAUAAUGGCAAAGGGUGACCAAGUACAAAUCAAAACACAGACGAAAUACUUAGUAAUUUGCUUUUAUAUUCCCUUUAUACAGUAGCACAAAAAUCGAUUGUCUUCUUCAACAUGUGACCAACUAUUCUGUAGGAACGCAUUGUGUUAUAUGAUUAAUAACUUGCAACCUAUUAUACUUGUAUGCAUGUUAAAGUAAAUAGGGCCUAACAUGCUAGGAACAGUGGAUUGGUAUUCGAUUUUUGUGCUACUGUAUAAAGGGAAAAUAAAAGCAAAGUAAAUAGAAAAAUGUUUGAAUUAAUAAUUGACUGCAUGUUAAAGUAAAUAGGGCCUAACAUGCUAGGAACAGUGGAUUGGUAUUCGAUUUUUGUGCUACUGUAUAAAGGGAAUAUAAAAGCAAAGUAAAUAGAAAAAUGUUUUAAUUAAUAAUUGACUGCAUAUUUCUUUUCAUUGUAAACAGUUUUUUCUAUCAAAUAAAAUUUACAAUACGAUUUUACUAAAAUCGUAAGUCCUGAUUAGUUGGCCUCAACCGGCACCAACCGGCCCAACCGUUUCUUACUUGUUCGGGAGACGAAGCCUUUGUUCCGAAACAAUACCGUCUUAAACCAAUCAGUGUUGUAGGGACAUUGCACAUGCGCAUUAAUAAUAGUAUUCGCAAAAUGGCUAGGCCUGUCAACACACAACUCUUGAACUUCCUGCCAGGGCUUCAAGUGAUAAUGCGCGUGUGCAAUGACCCUGAAACGGGGGCUAGUGCAUGACUGGACGACAGGCAUGAUUCAUCUUCCAAACAAUUAUGGUUCCUAUGUGAGAAAUUGUUUUGUGAUAGCCCAAAGAGCCACCAUUUGUAAGCCUAUACAUCCUUUUUUCUUAAGAAUACUAAAAAUUCAUUCCAGCCUCCAUAUUCUUUAGAAUGUUUUGUUUUCAGCCCAAGUUUUCUUAUAUUUUCAAAUCUGAUUCGCUUUCUGGGGAACAUAACUCGCUAUUGAAUAGAAACCACGCUUCUUGAAAAAUCUAGAUGUCGAGAUACCGUAAAUCCUUGAAUUAGCCCUCCUGGGGGUUAUUUAUUUUUAUCUUUUUGGAAUAGGAGCUAUUCGAGGGGGUGCUUAUGUGAGGUGGGGGCUUAUAUAAUUAUACUAGACAUCCAGAAGACAUAAUCAAAAGACCUCGUAUAUUUUUUUAGGAAUUUCUUUAAUAAAAUUUAAUUAAUUAUCAAAAAAAGUAUAAAUUUUUAUGAAAGUUCAUAGAUGCACAAGGAUACAGCUACUUAAACAAGCAACAAAACCUACGCAACCAUGCUCCUUGAGUAGCUUUGAUGGAAUAUUGCCAAAAAGUGUAGCCUUAUUUGUAAGCUUGAUUAAAAUUAAUUCUGAUCACGUUUAAUGUGUAACAGGGUACACCUUUUCCAUGCUCCUUGGGCUUUUAGUUUUGGCACAGAUUGCAUGAUUGUGUAGUUUGUGUUUAUUGUAGCAGUGCUCGAGUAAGCUUUACAUUGUGUCUUUUAUACGGCUAUAGCAACAAGCGUGCAAAUGUGCAUUGGCCUUGGGUAUAUCAACUUUGUGUUGGCAUAGUUUCAUUCUCACACGUUACACGACCCACAUCUAGGUAUUUUCAGGUUCUUACAGGCAAGCUAAGUUCUCUUUUUUUUCUUCUUGCAUUAGUUAAUGGCCUGCAACUUUUGAACGAACAAGAUGUUGCUAGUCAGUGGAAGAAGGCCAUUGUUCUUCUUCUCAACCACCUCAAAAACGAAUGGGGCAUUAUUUAUGGCCAUCUUUCCGAUUUGUGUACCAACAGCCCAAAAUAAAUGGUUCAAAUGAUGAGAGAACAAUGGUAAAACUCUUAUGAUUGAUAAUGGUAAAUAUCCUGAGCACCAUUCUUCCUUUAAUUGCUGUUUGGUAACCUGGAUCAAUUUUUGAUUCAAUUUUUCCAUUCAGUUUUGAUUCAGUUUUAAGUUUGGAUAUAGUGAUUGGGUCAAAAAAGAAUCCAGCUGCAGCUGGAAAACGUGCUAGAAUAGUUUUUAUGCUGGAAUGGUUUGCAUACUUUUCAAUUGCUUUAGCAACUGGAUCAGCACCAUUUUUUCUCCCCUCCUAACAUUCUCGCCAGGCCAGGCAUAUGGGCAAGGUAGGAUUCAACGCAAACGCCAUUUUGAGCCAAGCUCUCCAGGAAAAAUUUAUGUUGACAAUUUCAUUCUUGUUUUAAAAAUCAUUUUUCGAUAAAGGUUUUGCAUGAAAAUUUCCAAUUUGAUCAUCCUUUCUGAAAUUCUUCGACAUUCACAGAUUUUCUAUUUUGUUGAUUUCUAACUUUUUAGUUUGGUUUUACGGCUCUGCUCAUAUGUUUGUGUUUGUCCGAUUUAAACAGCUCAUCAAUCUUGUGUUUUGACAAAUUGAUUUUAAAGAGCGAUGAAUACAGUAAAGUAGCAAAUAAGGAACGUGCCGAGAACCAACGACAUAAACACACGUAAUUUGACUAUGGUUCAUAUUUUUCCCCAGCAUAUGGGGCUUCACAAAAGCCAAAGAAUACAGUAAUUAGUUUAUUGACUGGUACUCUAGUACAGAUAAAAAUUCAGCCGCCCGCCAGAUCAUUAGAAAAA